AUCAUGGCCGUGGAUUUCCGUCCUCUCCCUAAGACCAACGAGUCUCAAGUGGACUUUGGCACUGAGCUGAGCGGAUUGAAUCUCGAGAAUCUCAGUGAUAAUGACUUCACCAUCCUCCGCAAAGCCCUCUACGAAAACCAAGUAGUAGUGAUAAAGAACCAAAAGAAUCUCUCACCACGCGCCCAAUACGAACUCACCCGACGUUUCGACCCAUCAGCCGGUCUCUACAGCCACGGAAAAACAAUCGACAAGCGCAGUGUCCUGCACGCAGAUUUGACCACAAUCCCUCACCAGCCUCAAGUGCAGGUCAUUGGAAGUGGCACCGUCCCCGAAUACGAAGGCCUAUUCAACCUUCAAUUGAAACAUCCUCACCACAAAUCUUUCCACAAGAAUCCCAUCCCGUCCGACCAAGAUGCCAAUUUCACGCAUUUCUAUCGCUGGCAUAUCGAUUCGGCCAUGUAUAAUCUCGACCCGCCACUAGUUACUUCUCUGCUAGCGGUGCAAGUACCCAGUGAUCGCCGUCAAACGCUUCGCUACGACGAUGAAACAGAUACAACCAUCGACGUCCCGCUCGGAACAACGGCAUUCUUCAGCGGUUAUCGGCUCUACGAAAUGCUCACAGAUGAUGAAAAACACUUCGUCCGCACUAGUAAAGUCGAGUACGCACCACACCCAUAUAUCUGGAUGAGCAAGGCGAAAUCCCGCUCCAAUGGUCUAGGCAUAAUAUCCGAAGGACUCGAACUCUCCGAGAACGACUUACCCCCAUUCGAAGAGUCGAAGAUAAAAACAUACCCUAUGGCGUGGAAGAGUCCCAUCACAAACCAGCUAGCAAUGAUGGUCUAUCCAACCUGCGUGCGCAAAAUUCAUCUCGAGAAUGGAGAUGUUCUUGACGAUCUUGAUGAGGUGAGAGAGAAGCUGUACAGAUUGCAGAGAAGGGCGAUUGAGCCGCAGUUUGUUUAUGCGCAUGAUUGGAAAGAGGGGGAUUUGGUACUUUUUAAUAAUCAUGGCGUGAUGCAUUCUAUUGUUGGUUCGUUCAAGGAGGAUGAAGUCCGUCUUUUUAGACAGUGUAAUAUGGCGGCUAGUCGGCCUCCAUUGGGUCCUGGGGAUGAUGUGCCGGGGGCUGAAUGA